CGACGGUUUUUUGUAACUCGUCGCUACUUAACGACGGAAAGAGGCUGACGAGGAGGAUCAAGAGAGUAAAUUAUGGGUAAUUAUGGAAUGACGGCUGACGAGGAGGAUCAAGAGAGUAAAUUUUAAAGAAAACAAUUAAUUAAAGAAACCUGGAGGCAGCGGGGGCGUGGCACGGAAGACUGGAAGUAAGAAGCAAAGCCGCAAAUGCAAGAUCCGGUGGGCGGCGGCGCACUGGCAGGGCUGGGCGAAAUCGUGCGAUGCAGCGGCGAUUGAACUUUGGAAAGUUAGGGAUUCGUCGAUCGAGCGUUGUGAUGGCCGAUAGGCUAUAUGGAAUGGGGAUAAUGCUCGUUUUAAUUUAUGUAGAAAGCCCUUCCCCUGAUUGGCACCCCAAAUCCCAGUCCGACAACAAGCCCAUGCCCGUCCGCAGACCUUCCGCCUUAACAUACCACCGUCCACAACACUCCCCGUCCCCUAAAUUCCCAAAUCGCAGCCCGACCCUGCCCCCCAAACCUCCGCCCUGCGGAAGGUCUUUCUGGACCGCGACUCAGAUUCUCAGCUAGAGGCACCGAACUUCAUUUUUUUAUCGUAUUGUCUGGUCUAUAAGGCUGAAAUAGAUCUUAGUGUGCUCAACAACUUCAUAUACGGAUGGAUGCCAAGGAAGCUUCCUUUGUAAAUGAAAAUGAAUGUCCAUUUGAUCACCGAUUUCAACGCACCGAUCAAUGGAAGCCUGUUUAUUCUUGGUUAGAGUCACUUGAUAUGGAUGAGGUGGUAAAGUCAAAAGACAUUUUACAUUGGCUUACUGAGAAUGUAGACGUCAGAGAUCAGUUAUCCUCGAGGCAUUCACGUUACCAUUUGAUGCAUUACAUAAAAAAGUGUCAUGUGGAAAUUCUAAAGAGAAAGGGGAAGGCAUUGGCUCCUUCCAGCAGUUCAUGCUCAACACAACUUCUUGAAAGUAGGGAUGAGAAACAACCUUCUAUGAUUCAGUGUGCUGGUGCUUCAUGAUGGUUUUUCUUUUUACAAUCAGGCUUCGCGAGGGAGAGAAAAUGAGGUAAUAGUGUAAGUAAUGAUGUGAGCAGCCUACCAAAAGAAAAUGAAGUGUAUAAAGUAAAGCAAGCUGAAGCUAUUAGGAAGUAUGAAAUUUUGUUGGAAUUCGAGAAACAACUUUUGGCUGCUUUCCCAAGGGAGAAAAUAUAAAUUUGCAUGAAUGGAUUACCUCACAGCCAGGUCAGAAAUAUGAUGCAGGUGUGAUUUUAGUUAAUAUUGUGGUCUCUUUAUGCCAAGAUAAUCCUUCCUCUUACGUAUUUUCGGGCACUAGUUCCUCUUGGAAUGUGUCCCGGACUUGACUUUCUCGUGCCAUUUGAUGGUAAAGGUAAAAACUGAACUUGGAUUUUUGACCACUUGAAGUUGAAACAUUGGCAACAAUUUGUAAUUUAGUUGGCUUUGUUCUCCAUAUUUCUGAACUAGAAUCUUAAAUUUGUUGAUGAUAAUGAUGGUCUGUCACCAAUCUACCUAUUAACAUAUAUU